AUGAAAAAACUGGAGGACCAAGCUGAGGCCGCCACCAAAGCCCAAAGUCUAGUCGAGGAAAAAGCUGAAUCUGCUGAGGCAAUUAAGAAGGUCGCCGAGGCCGAGAAGAAAGAGGCCGAGGACAGAAAGGCCCAAGCUGAAAAGGAGCUGCAGGAGGCUCUGGCCACCAAGGAUGUCGAAAUUAAGGAGGCCAACGAAAAAGCAUACGCCCAGGGUAUGGCUGACGUCAUUGAAGAAUACAAACUUCAGGUCUUGGACCUGACUCAAGAUGAAGAUGGUGAUGCAGUUGCCAAGGAAGUUACCCCAGAGCAGGGUUCGUCCGACGUUCCUCAGGUCAACAAGAGUAUUGACGAAACUCUUGCCGAGAUUGAUGCUGAAAUUGCUGUAGAUAAGGAAGCCGAGGUAUCUCUUUAG